UUGGUAGAAGGGUUGUUGGUUGAUUUCAAUUUCACAGCUAAAAUGUUCUCCUUUGGCGGUCCUCACAACGGAGGGGACGAUCCUGUAAACCCUCAGAUGGGCGGCUUCCUCCAAGGCUUCUUCGGAGCUAUGGGCUCGGGCGGCACCUUCGACGUGCAAUACCAUUGCUACCCUGUGAGCUUUCUGGGUAGGGAAGAGUUGGAGAAGGGUAAUAAGAUUCUCCUGCCACAGUCAGCUCUGGACCAACUAGCACGGCUGAAUGUGAGCUACCCUAUGCUAUUCCAAAUAUCUAACUUGAAGGAGCCCCGUACGACCCAUUGUGGCGUUCUGGAGUUUACGGCUGAGGAAGGGUUCUGUUAUAUCCCCUAUUGGAUGAUGCAAAAUCUAGUCCUACAGGAAGGGGAUAUUGUUCGAGUGAAGAACGUGUCGUUGCCGAAAGGACGGUCGGUGAAGCUCCAACCAGUGACGAAGGACUUCUUGGAAAUUCACAACCCCCGGGCGAUUCUGGAAAAUUCUCUAAGGAAUUUUGCGGCCCUCACGGCUGGUGAUAACAUUGCUAUUCAGUACAACAACAAAACAUUCGAAAUUGAAGUUGUGGAAUGCAAGCCGGCGAAUGCCAUUAGCAUCAUUGAGGCGGAUGUUUCGGUGGAGUUCCUAGCGCCCAAGGACUAUGUGGAGCCGUCACCGUCGGCAUCCCAAGCGGAGGAGAUGCCGGGGACAUCUACGGGAGCCCCGGGGACGAUAGCUAGCAGUGAUACCCAGUCCAAUGCCGAGAACAUCGAGAGUGCCUCUCUAGCUGGCAAGACUGUUCUCUUCCAAGGGAAAGGAAUGCGACUCGAUGGUAAGCCAUUGUCGUCGAAGCAGGCAAAGGCAACACCAGUCGUGGUCGGCGCCGAUGGUCGUAACAUGUCCGAUCCUUGGGGGGACAAGCCAUGGACACACAGAGUUCCACAUGGCGUGCCGGCGUUGCCGCCCUUCGCGUUCCGCAAAGUGAUGGCCGAAAAGCGUAACAUCAAAGCAUAGGUAGACACUUA